AAGUAACAAGUGAUGAAGGUGAAACUCAAAGUGAAACAAACACGAUGCAGUCAGACAUCAAGUGAUGAUACAGCUGGAUUGAGCAUGUGAUUGACGAAUAUUUACAAUUUAUAUGGACGUCGAGGUGGAGUCAUCAUGCUCGAAGGUAACGUCGCAGCUUGGACAAGUGAAUUGACGGCUAUGCUCCAUCAAAUACCUUGUAACAUUAGCAGCGUUGGGCUUUUCAGUUGUACAGACCAAUGUGGAUUCAUACCCAUUGAUUAUGACCACUUAUGCAUGGUACAGCACAUCAACGACACGAUACCAACUGACACAGACAGUUAUUUUGUUGGAAUGCCCUAUACUAGCUUAUUUUGUCGACCAUGUGAUUACUCUGAAUGUCAAAUUAACGUUUCUCUUGUACUGAAUGGACUGGAAAACAUUGAGGGAGCAUUUUUGUCACGGAUCCCAAGAAUAAAUGAUUGCAAUUCAACUUUUCUUGCUGAUAUUUUCGAGUGCUCUCUGAUGGGAAAUACAACAACAGACGAUUUGAUGGUGUCUUGUUUGUAUCGCAAUCGUCAAAUAGAGUCAGCAAAGAGUCGUAAGCUCGAUUGGAGCUUUCUCUUUGUAGCGGUCUUUAUUGUAGCUGGCGGUUUAGGCAACAUCCUUGUGUGCCUUGCAGUAUGUCUCGACCGACGUCUCCACAACGUUACUAAUUAUUUCCUCCUAUCUCUCGCAGUGGCUGACUUACUAGUGAGCCUUUUUGUCAUGCCGUUGGGUGCGAUACCUGGUUUCCUUGGAUAUUGGCCUUUCGGAGUUACAUGGUGCAAUGUGUAUGUGACGUGUGAUGUCCUGGCAUGUUCUGCAAGUAUCAUGCACAUGUGUUUCAUCUCAUUGGGAAGAUAUUUAGGAAUAAGAAAUCCUCUUCAUACCCGACACAUUUCUACUAAACGGAUGGUCGUGUUCAAAAUUGCGGCUGUCUGGUUCCUAGCAAUGCUUGUUAGUAGUUCAAUCACAGUAUUAGGUUUAAUAAAUCCUGUAAACAUAAUGCCGAAAGCAGGACUAUGUGUGAUAAAUAAUCGAGCUUUCUUCGUAUUUGGCUCCCUCGUUGCAUUCUACAUCCCAAUGGUUGUUAUGGUAAGCACGUACGUGCUUACGGUGCAGCUUCUCCGGAAGAAGGCACGCUUUGUAGCGGAACAUCCGGAGGGCGAUCACUUCAGACGAUUAGGUGGAAGAUAUUCAUCCACAAAAGCCAAUUCGCAUAAUUCUAGACCAACUACCCGAACAUCCAGACAAUUAUGGAGACUAUCUGGUGGCAGCACUACUGUUAGCAGCCGAAGCACAAGUACGAGAACCGGAAUGUCACAUUCAAGUUUUGAGCUGAAUGGCGCAGUGGAAGAGACAGAUGUUGGGACGACGCAACCUAGAACAUGUAACAAAACAGAUCAGAGUACUCAAACACCAGAUAACAUUGCCCGAGAGACUAGAAAUUUUCGUCUUCGAUCUCUUAGGCUUCAUCUUAAUGUCGCUUCGACUAAUUUAAAUUUUAGAUUUCUUCAAGGAAGAUCCAGAAGAAGAUCUUUAGCUGCUAAUGCAGUUGCUACUGAACAGAAAGCCAGUAAAGUACUUGGCUUGGUGUUCUUUACAUUUGUUUUCUGCUGGGCACCUUUUUUUAUUCUCAACAUCUUUUUUGCUGCAUGUCCUGAUUGUGAAGUUCCAAACCAUGUUGUUAAUACAUGUUUAUGGCUAGGAUAUGUAUCGUCGACCAUCAAUCCUGUUAUAUACACCAUCUUCAAUCAAACAUUUAGAGCUGCUUUUAUAAGAUUAUUGAUGUGUAAAUGUUCUAGGUCAACGAGACUGCCAAGAUAUCGUUCAGUAACGGAAGGAGGACGUGGUGCAGUGGGGAUGUGUACUCCUGGAACACUUCCACUUGCCAUCAGUCUUCAAAGAACACCAUUGCUCAUCCCAACGCCAAAUCCUACUGAGACUCCGGCGUCAGGAAGUUCCUACGUGACGAAUCGAAUGACGCCAAGUUCUCUUUACUGUGACACUUUUCUUGAUGAUGAACGUGAUCACAACUGUUAAAUACUUGCGUUUAGUAAUUCAAUGCUAUCCAAAACUCUUAUCUCGGUUAUGAGACCGUGUCAAUGGAAAUAAAUGCGUUGACUUUGAACGCUAUUUCUUGGUGGAAGUCAUGGUGGAUUAAAAUAAAGAUGAUAGAGUUAAUGAUAAAGUAAAUGAGAAUAGAGUGAGUGAAGGCUCCGAUGAGCAUUAUUAAUACCUGGGCUUAUCUAUACGUUUUUUCAAGAGGUUCCAUGAUAACGAAAAACGUAGAAGACCACUUUAUUGUCUAUUAAAACUCUCCGUUUUAACCACAAUGCGUCACAAUCAUUAAAAAUAAUGAGAUUAGUCAAGUUGACUUGAGAAGACUGACGAUAAAUUGGUGAUCGUCUCCUGUCAACACUCGAAUUUUACCAUGGAAAUCGAUUCAAAAAUAUUUAUUUUCCACUUUCUACAUGAUGCUGAUUGAAGAAUAACGUUAAAUAGUAAUACAAGUUUUUGUGUGGCAAAAAAAUUUGCGAAUAACAAAAAUAAUUUUUUUUAAUUGAAUUCUAAACAUUUUUUGU